CAGCGAAACAGUGAAACACGAGUGACCGCAAUGUCUGUAAACCAAUUGACUCAAGAGUUCGAAUACGCGGACGAAUGUCUUCAACACCUCUUAGACACCGAACAAAAGAGACCCGACUUUCACCUCAAGUCACCGCAAUUGGACGCGCGGCCGGAUCUGAUGCAACGGAUCCAAGUGUUAUGUCUUUGUCUUAAACUGUCAACGCGUGUGAAAUACCUGUCGAUUUAUAUAAUGGACUUCUUUAUGGAUAAUCACGUGAUAUGUGAGGAUAAGCUGGAACUGGUCCUCAUGUGUAGUCUAUCGAUAGCAGUGAAAGUGGAGGAAUGCGACCGCACAGUGAAGUACAGCCAAAUGUUUUCGGAGACCAAUCAAUACAGUAGUGAAGAAGUGCUGGAAAUGGAGGAAUUGAUAAUCAAUCACUUCGAGUGGCAAUUCCUGACCCCAACGCCCGCCACUUAU